UGAAAAUGGGGAUCAGUAAAACAGAACUAAACUUGAGGAGGUUGCUUGCUGCUGCAUCUCAUCAACAAAAUCAAGCAAAGCCUAUACAUUAUGUUGCUACACUAAGAGAACAAUUAGAACAACUAGCUGAAGAGAGAACCUCAGAUGGAUUACCAAGAGUUUCAAAAGCUCAGGUGAAUGAUUAUUCAGAGAAGAUUGAAGCCCUUGCUGCCAAAUUGGCUGCCCCUUUAGAGUCAGUUUUGCCAGAAACGCUGCAGCCUAUUUCUGCUACUUCUGUCAAAGAAAGCCCUUCCAAAGCAGUAGGAGAAAGUUCUAGUCCCACUUCUCCAGGAUUGAGGAGGAGAUUUGUCGCUCCAUCAAACAUUGAAGAUAGACCUCGUGAUAGUAUUGUGACUGAUUAUUCAGGGCUUGUCAAAUUGGAUGCUGCAGCACAGACUCAUAUUGACAAGCACAGAAAACUUCAAGAUGAUUUGACAGAUGAAAUGGUUGGGUUGGCACAACAACUUAAAGAGAGCAAUCUCAUGAUGAGUCUAUCCCUACAAAACACUGAAAAAUGCAGAUACUUGAUUCAACAGAGCAGGCGGUUGAACAGAGCUUGGCAAGCACUGGUCGUGCCAAUGUACGUGCUAUGGAUAUAUACUCGAAGAGUUUCAAGACUACGUGUUUUACAUGGCUUCUGAUAUUUGUAAUGACAUGUAUAUUCAUCAUGGUUGUACUUCUUAUUCGUGUCACUUAGUGUAUUACAUUCAGUGAGAAGUAGCAAUCAUAGAUUCUGCAAGUCUUAUAGUGCUUGAAUUUACCAAUCAAACUAUGUUCCUCUGAUGUAACUUAUAUAUGCUUACGAUUUUGAGUAUUAAGCCAUGUCACUGAUUUAUUAUGCAUUUGACUUUUGAUGGGAAUGUCAUUUUGAUUCUCAAGAAAUGCAUUUGAGAAAAUUUUGCUAGGGCUUGUUUCUGGUUUUUCUGUAGUAUUAGCUAGCUAGUAAUAAUAGUACUAAUCAGAAUGAUGGCUCAAUUGUUUAGUUACAAAAAUUAAUCGAAUAUGGGUUGGGUUGGGUUAGGUUAGAAUUGAUUUGUUUGAUGUCACAAAAACACAGUUCUCAGCAAUUCAACAACCCCUUUAAACAUGUAUGGUUUGGAUUCGAAAUAGAACAUGUGAUGGGCCUCACAGGCCCAAACAGUGCCCUCAAAUCCAAAUUAUGGGGGGUCGAGUUAA